AUGAAAGUGCCAUUAGAACCUCGGAUGUCUGUUCAACGUGACGCUGUUCUUGACUUACUUAAACAGCUGGCAUCUGAUAAUGAAGAUUAUUUUAAACAAAUUCACAACCCUUCUAUUUAUAAUAGACGAAUUCUAGAAAGUUGUAAAGAAUUGUGUUCUUCUAUUGACCUCAUUCGCGAAAUAAUUUGUCAGCUCCAAGUUGCUUCGCAAAAUUAUGACUACGAUGAAAAUACUCCUGGAAAUGGAUUUCGUUCUCUUAUUUGUAUUAGUGACAUUGUUCUUUUACAUUUAAUUUCGGUACUUCGAAUCUGCUCAGACAAUCGGACUACAAUUAUGUUUCGUUUAUCGCAUUGUUGCAAGGAAAUUGAGGCCUAUGUGGCUAUUAUUCGCUUUCUUAUUUUGGCAUAUCAACAGGUUGUCUCUUUAUUGGACGUCUUGGAUAACAAUAGCUUGUUUCCACCGCUUAAUAGUGACUAUCAACAAUAUAAUAUAAUGUUCCGUGGAAUUGAAAACCUCGAUGCUUCUUGCUUUUAUGGACGUUCUCUUGGAUUUCAAUUCUCACCUUCUAUCACUCGAAUUUUUCGAGUUAUUGGAUUGAUUUUGGCCACUUAUAGUCUUUCAUGGGAAAGCACUGUGGCUCUAAGCUCUUUAAUUAGGGGCGGCCGGAUGCUUUUGAAUCCGGAACAGCGUGCAAAACACAUUAUUAAGGUUAUUUUGCUGGUUUUUUUCAUUAAGAAUUAUUUUAAGGUGACCCGAGAAGCAAGCAUAGGAUUUUGUCGUGGUUUUUGGAAUCUUUCAGAAUUGACAAUGCCUAGUUUAUAUUGUCCUGUUAUGGCAACUUGUGAGAAGACUGAAAUUAAAUUAGCUGGUACUCUUUCGCUAGAAUCGGUUAAUGGAGGUUUUGUUCAAAUUCAUGAGCCAUCUUCGCAUACUGGACCUCGACCUAUUGCUUUGCGUGUUCUUUCUUUUCAACAACGUUUUGGAUUGAAUUCAAGCAGUUCUCGAAAUUUGACUCUUUCGCCUUAUUUGGUUAUUCAUUGUCAUGGUGGUGGUUAUGUUGCUACUUCAUCUAAAUCACAUGAGACUUAUCUUCGAUAUUGGGCCAAAUCUUUGGAAUGCCCACUUAUUUCUAUUGACUACUCGUUGGCACCUGAAAAUCCCUUUCCUCGCCCAACAGAGGAGGUUCUUUAUGCUUAUGCUUGGAUUCUUAUAAAUCACGAGAAAUUUGGUUGGACUGGUGAAAAAGUUUGUCUUGUUGGCGAUUCUGCUGGAGGAAAUUUGAUUGUGUCUGUUUCAUUGAAGCUUGUCGAAUUGGGUGUUAAAAGACUUCCUGACGGACUUGUUCCCAUCUAUACUCCUUUUUUGUUUCAGUAUUUGCCGUCCCCUUCUCGUGUUCUUAGCUUUAUGGACCCUCUUUUGCAUAUGGGUGUAGUAAUUCGUUGUGCAGCAGCUUACUCUGGUACUUAUACUGAUGAGGAGUUGGAUAAGGACGCUUCUUUUAAAGAGAGUCCGAAUGUUCCAGCAAAUAAUGGACAUAGAUCGUUGCAGGAUUAUGUUGACCAGGUGCAGCGAGCGCAGAAUGAAAGUCUCUUGGAUUUCACGCAAGGCUCGCAAUCUAUUGUUUCAUUAAUCAAUUUGUCGUUAUUCAACAAAUCUGUCCCUGAGCAACCUAAUUUUGAUUCUCCACCCAAAGAAGACGAUAAACGAUUAGACAAAACUGUGGGAUUUGUAAUGCCAACAGAAAAUGUUGGAGGAGGAGGAGAGUCUCAAGAUGAAGGGGAUAACAGGCCAAAUGCUGAAGAUGAUGAAGAAGAUUCUGCAAUGCAAUCGGUUAGAGUAGAUGCUGAUCCGGCACAUAUUUUUCUUUCGACAACAAAUUUUGACCAAUGCUUGAUUGACUAUUUACAAAUACAUCCAAUUACUAAAAGUUCAAUAAAUACUUUUACUGAUCAAGCAUCUACUGACUCAAAAGUAUUUGGUGAUGAAUCAGAAGAAACUGAGGUUUUUACUGCAGCUGAACGUUCCAAUGAUAAAUUGCUGACCCCAACAUCAAUUCUUGCUCCAGAUAUUACUCAACAACAAUCAACUCCGUCGAGUACAGCGUCAAGCACUUCUUUCUUUCGAAAUAUUUUACAUUCUAAUACAAGCAAUAAAGAUGACAGUCAAGGACGUUUGAGUUAUUUUAGUCCUGGUUCAAGCUUAGGAUGUACUCCAUUGCAUAGCAAGAAGCGACUUUCAAGAAACAAAUCCCGUUCACUCAGUCAAAGUCUAGCAGACACCGCUGCCCUUGCUGCAGGGCAUGCAACCGACAAAAUAACUGAAUGGCUUGAUACACCAAUGGAACCAUUAGGAAGCGUUGACAAAAAGAAGCUUACACGUGCUGCAACAAUGUCUCCAAUGAGUGCAGCGAAAGUCCAACAAAAAGAAGCAGUCCAUCAUCAUUCUCAUUUUACUGAAUUGUUAAAACUUAAACUUCCACGUGAACAUUUAAUGUCGCCUAUGUAUACACCAGCUGAAACUCUUGCUAAAUUACCUCCAAUCCGUUUUGUGGCUUGCCAUCUUGACCCAUUACUUGACGAUACUAUAAUGUUUGCAAAAAAGGUCCGAGACUCUGGAGGGAAGGUACAUAGCGUAGAUUUGCUUGAUUCUUUGCCUCAUGGAUUUCUCAAUUUUUCGCCAAUGUCCUCUGACUGUCAAAAUGGAGCAAAUAUUUGUUUGGAACGAAUUAAACAAACUCUUGGGAUGCCUUAA